AUGGCCCGCGGAACCAUCGCCUUGGCGCUCCUCGUGGCGGGCCUUGCACUCGCAAGCGCCGCCCCCUCUCGGAAGAUGCUGGGGGAGAAGGCCCUGCCAUACGCCCCAGGCAGCGACAUGGGUCCCCUCCUCAACAUGAUGGACACCCAGAACGCCGUCCAGCGCGUCUCCGACUUUGCUGACGGUUACCCCACCGCUGCCCUCGCCGUUGCCGCCCAGCAGCACGCCGCCGCCUCCGCCUAUGGUGGCCCCUGGUCCAGCUUCGGCCCCAGCUUCGGCCGCAAGCUGCAGCAGCUGCGCCGCAGCCUCCUCGGCGAGAAGGCUCUGCCCUUCAACCCUAACAGCGACAUGGGCACCCACCUUAACAUGAUGGACACCCAGGCCGCCGUCCAGCGCGUCUCCGGUUCCGCCGACGGCUUCCCUGUUGCCGCCGUUGCCGUUGCCGCCCAGCAGCACGCCGCCGGCGCCGCCUAUGGUGGCCCCUGGUCCAGCUUCGGCCCCACCUUCGGCCGCAAGCUGCAGCAGCUGCGCCGCAGCCUCCUCGGCGAGAAGGCCCUGCCCUACGCCCCCAACAGCGAGAUGGGCCCCCUCCUCAACAUGAUGGACACCCAGAACGCCGUCCAGCGCGUGUCCGGCUCCGCCGACGGCUUCCCCACCGCCGCCGUCGCCGUGGCCGCCCAGCAGCACACCGCCGCCUCCGCCUAUGGUGGCCCCUGGUCCAGCUUCGGCCCCACCUUCGGCCGCAAGCUCUCCGGCUCCGACGCCAAGGCCGCCGCCGCCGCCAAGGCCGGCGCCGCCGCCAAGGACGCCGCCGCCGCCGCCGGGUCCGACAACCGCGCCGCGGCCGUCCUGUCGCGCGCCGCGCUGGCCAGCCAGCUGCCGUCCCGCGCGGCCAUGCUCAACUCCAUGUCGACCGACGAGGUGCUGCCCAGCGCCAUCGCCUCAACCGCCGAGCGCGCCCGCGCCGCCGGCUACACCACUUCCUACGGCUACGGCUACGGCGUGGUCGGCGGCCACUAA